AGAGAUAAGAUAGACAAGUUCCUGCACGAGAAGAACUGCACGACUGACCUCCUGGCCAAGCUGGAGUCCAAGAGCGUGACCCGGAGCUUCCUUGCGCUCGGUGCCAUCGGACUGGUGGCCCUGCACCUGGCAUUCGGCUAUGGAGCCUCUCUCCUCGGCAACCCGAUAGGAUUUGGCUACCCAGCCUACGUCUCAAUUAAAGCCAUAGAGAGCCCCAAAGAAGAUGACACCCAGUGGCUGACCUACUGGGUAGUGUAUGUUGUGUUCAGCAUUGCCGAAUUCUUCUCUGAUCUCUUCCUGUCAUGGUUCCCCUUCUCCUACAUGCUGAAGUGUGGCUUCCUGCUGUGGUGCAUGGCCCCGAGCCCUUCUAAUGGGGCUGAACUGCUCUACAAGCGCAUCGUCUGUCCUUUCUUCGUGAAGCACGAGUCCCAGGUGGACAUUGUGGUGAAGGACCUGAAAGACAAAGCCAAAGAGACUGCAGAUGCCAUCACUAAAGAAGCCAAGAAAGCAACCGUGAAUUUACCAGGUGAAGAAAAGAAGAGCACCUAAACUACUGGCCGAAUUAAACCUUUCUGCCCUCGCUGUACCUUCCUGUUAGAGCUCGAUGUUGUAUUAGGAACUGUGGUAUAAUCAUUUUAAUAAUAUUGCCUUGGAAACAUUUUUGAUAUAUAAAAAAAGUGGAAUGUGUCAUAAGUUUCUUUGCUUACUUUUACUGUCUAUAUACAUAGAGAAUAUUUUAAUUUAAACUUAAUGCAGUGGGCAGUGUCCAAAUUCUUGGAAAAUAUGUUUUGCCUCCAGAUAGGAAAAGAUGUAUGUUACUAUCCUGCAGGAA